AUGGUCCACACUCUGUCACAUUCAGUCCUUCAUCACCUGGAACUGUGAUAGAAGGAGGGAAUCUGACUGUGAGGUGUUCUGCUGAUUGUAAUCCACCAUGUGGCUACUCCUGGACACUGGGAACUCAGCAACUCUCAUCAAGCUCUCUGCUGACACUGGCAGACAUCAACAGGAAUCAAAAAGGAGAGUAUACGUGCACAGUCAACAACACUUUUAUACCAAAGUCGAGAAGUGGACGGUUCAGUCUGACAGUUUUCUAUUCCCCAAGAAUACAAAUAAAGAUGUUGAUUCCAAACCCUCAUAAGGAAGGUGAUGACCUGGAUUUGACCUGCACAGCAGACAGCAAUCCCCGAUCACCACAGAAAUUCAAGUGGAUCUAUGGAAGAUAUGUGAUGAAUGAACAAAGUCUAUUGUCACAUUACAAAAGUUCCAAUAAUAGAGAUCAAAUUUACAGCGGAUUUUUACAAAAACAGUCUUUAAACCACACCACACCAGUUGUUGGUAAACACCUCCCGAUUCCAACCUCAGUCAAACCUCAGAAAUUCAAUCGCAGGAGUCCAACCUCGGGAAUCCAACCUUGGGAAUCCAUCCUUGGGAAUCCAUCCUUGGGAAUCCAACCUCAAGAAUCCAACCUUGGGAAUCCAACCGCAGGAGUCCAACCUCGAGAAUCUAACCUUGGGAAUCCAACCUCGAUAAUCUAA